CCCGGAAGCCACUCCCGUAUUUACCUUGCGGAUCAUGGGUAUUUACACCGUAAUAUACUGCUAUCCCAUCAUCAUCACCAUCAUCACCACCAUCAUUAUUACCUACCAGGUAGAUGAACAGCUGACCUCCCUCUCCCAUCCCAUUCCCCUCCAGAGACCAUACAAUCCCAAUCGAUUACUCAUACCAACCCAAUCCUAUCCACGGUACUGCCCAUGGGUAGGUACAGUACCUAUGCCAACCCCAUGUUGUUCCCUCCUCCUCAAACACAACACCCCCCAUGCAUGGCGGUGCUCGCCCAUGGUUCUGUCCAAGCGCCCACGUUGCUGUGUGGAGCAGCGAUCCAAUAAUCCAGCACGUUGUUACGAUUCACGAACGCCCGCGACCAUCCCUAAAACAAUGAGGGGUAGAGCCGGGGACCAGGGGGGACCAGGGCCCAGGGGCGCUCCAACAUGCAGCGCCGCAGCGAGAAAGGCCUGGCUCUGCUUCCGAUGGGCCACGGCGGCCCCCCGGUCUCCGUGAACCAGACUUUGAAAGUUGGUCCUUGGUCCUACGGGAUCACUGCGCUGCCUUCCGGGAGGGAGCAUUGCUGAAAAGGGGCAGAAGAGCGGUAAGUAAGCCGCGGGACGCCUG